AUGUUUCAACCAAGUUUUAGAUCUGAUAAAAGUGAAACAAUAAUUGAACAAAACUCGAGUAAUGGUCCAUCAAUAAUCAAAGCAACAACUUCAGCUCAAAAAAGAGGUUAUAGUAGAAAUGGUUGUAGAGAAUGUAAACGAAGGAAAAUUAAAUGUGACGAAGGUAAACCAGCUUGUGGUAAAUGUACCAAAUUGAAUAAAACGUGUUCAUAUCCUGAAAUUGGUGAAAAAGUCCUAAGAGUUUCCAAGAAGAAGUUAGAAUCAAUUGAUUACUAUCAUAAACAAGAUGAUUCAGAUCAAAAUAAUCAUAUUAAACCUUUAACUAUACAAAUGUACCUGGGGCCAAAUUUUCAAAAUCAAAAGAAGAAAAAGCAAAAGAAGAAAUUGAAUCCUCAAUUUGUAUAUAAUAAUUUAGAUUUUAGAAGCAAAUCGGGAUCACCAGAAACUGUAAAUUUGAAUCCUGUGGUACCGUCAAUUCCUUUCAAUAUAUCUUCAACAACUUCUGCUGCUGUUGAAACCAAUAAUUGUUUGUAUAAUGAUGAAGAUUUGAAUUUAAUUGCUAGUGAUUUAAAUAAUAUAGUCAAUGAUAUAAUGUUUACAUCCAAUAUGAAUAUGAAUUUUGAUAGUGAUCAAUUUGUACUAUUUGAUCCAGCAGAUUUAUAUCUCAAUAAUAGUGAUGACAAUAAUAUACCACGUCAUGUAUCGAUUGAAUCAAUCAAGUUGAAAACUUUGGAUGAAAAGGGAUAUUUAUCUGAAUUUUACAAUACAUUUGCUCCUCAAAUAUUACCAUUUGGAGCAUUAGAUCCAAUUACUCAAACAUAUUCUAAUCCAAUCAGAGAUGUAUUAUUGAAAUAUGGAGCUAAAGAACCAUUUUUAUUAUCGGCUAUAUUAUCGCAAGGCGCCAAGAUAGUUUAUGAAAAAACUAAAAAUCAAAAAGAUUUAGAUAAUUAUGGUUCAUAUUUAUCAAAUUGUUUAAGAUUAUUAGGACCUGCAUUGAGUAAAAAUAGAGAUAAGUUUAACGUUAAAGAUGAUUUAAUUUCAAAUAUUGAAACGAUAUUAUUAACUGUUUUAUUAUUAACCUCAUCCAAUGCAACAACUUCAAAACAAAGUUGGAGACCUCAUUUAAAAGGUGCUAAAGAUAUAAUAAUAAAAGCAACAAACUCAAAAAUUAAUGCAUCGAAAACUUUAAUUUUAUGUAAGGUUUGGUUUGCAGAUUUUGAAAUUUUAGCUGGAUUAAGUUCUCAUUUGGGUGGAACUUUGAAAACAGAUGAUGAAUUAAACUCCAUCAUAAACUUUGAUGAUGAUUAUAUAAAACAAGUUUUAACUCAAUAUGGUAUGUUACAAGAGAAUAAUUUUAAUAUAAUGUUUGGUUAUGAUAAUGAUUUAAUUUAUUUAUUUAGAGAUUUAACAAAAAUUUUAAACAAGAAAAGGGAAUCACCAAAGAGAUUUAUAUUAAAUAAUUCAUUAGAAUAUAUAAGAUUAAUAAGUGGAUUUUAUCAACAUUAUCAAAAAGUUUAUUCAAGUAAGUCUUGUAAAGUUGAUGAUUCAAAUUUAUUUUAUAAUUUAGUUGAUACCAUAUAUUUUCAAGAUAAUACAAGUAUAAGAAUAAGUUGGAUGGAUAUUUCACAGCAAGCAUUUGCUUUAGCAGGUUUAAUAACAAUGUUUGCACUGAUUUUAUUAGAUCCUCCUGAAUCCCCACACAUUCAAGAUUUAAAUUCUAAAUUGAUUAAAUUGAUUGAACCAUUUGAAAAUGCAAUUGAUUUUAAUCGAUUAACUUUUACUAAUGCAUUACUGAUGAUUCAAUGGCCUAUUAUUAUUGCUGGUUUGAAUUGUACAAGCGAAGACGAUCAUCAGAAAUCAAUUAUUAUAAAUUUUUUCAAAAUUUGUUUUAAAUUAGGUUCAUCAAGUGCAGAAAUUGCAAUUAAAAGAAUUGAGAAAUUAUGGAAUUUACGCAAGAAUGGUUUAGAAUAUGUUAAUGAUAAUAAUGAUGAAAUUAAUGAAAAUAAAAUUGAUACAGUAGCAUAUUAA